CUCUCUCUCUCUCUCUCUCUCCAUUUUCUGUCCCGAUACCACCAACUAUCGACUCCAGCGGAAGCGAAUUCACAAUCAAGGACUAAAAUCAACAGAGAGAAGAAGCAACAAAAACCUAGUACUCGCUAGUGUUGGGAAAGAGGGACCAUGACUUCACUGUUGGAUAUUCAGCCCCGUGAACUCAAGUUCACAUUUGAGUCGAAGAAACAAAGUUCAUGUGCAAUUCAACUUAUCAAUACCUCUGAUCACUAUGUCGCUUUCAAGGUGAAGACGACGUCUCCAAAGAAAUAUUGUGUGCGACCCAACACCGGAGUCGUCAAACCAAAGUCAAAAUGCGAUUUCACAGUCACUAUGCAGGCUCAACGAUCAGCACCCUCUGAUUUGCAGUGCAGGGAUAAAUUUCUCGUUCAAAGCACAGUUGUACCCCUCGGGACUUCUGAAGAUGAUAUCACGUCUGGCAUGUUUGCGAAAGAUAAUGGCAAACACAUUGAAGAGAGUAAGCUAAGGGUUGUGCUGAUUAGUCCCCCUCAAUCUCCGGUACUGCUACAAAGUAAUGGAGUAACGAAGCAAGAACUACCAUAUGAAACUUCUGGACAGAAAGAUAAACUAUGGACUGGAGUCGAGAAUCUUCCUCCUCCUAUGUUUCGCAAGGAUGUUGACGAUGUCAAAAGUGCUCCAGCUAUGGAGGAGCCGAGGCUUUUGAAGGAUGUAGUAGAUUUUAGCCCAUCUAAUGGUGCUGAGCCAAGACCAGUUAAGGAUAUGGAAGGUACCGCAAUUAAGUUGGGUAAAGAUAUUGAGGAGCUGAAGUCAAAGCUAGAUGUGCUGGAAUCAAAGCUAAGUGAGGCUGGUUUUACAAUAAAAAGGUUAACUGAAGAGAGGAGCACGGACAUUCAAGAGAAGAAAACACUCAAAAAAGAACUGGUCAGUUGCUUACUCAACUCUUUCUCGUUUUUUCCCAUUAAUAUUGGUAUUGCAAAAAUGCCAAUGCAGUACCAUCGAGUGAACUGGAGGGAAGCCAUGCUCUUCUUAUUUCUUUGUUUAUUGCGGUUAUUGUGGGAAGAUCACCUAGUUACGGAGAAAUCUAUCCUCCCGUCAUUAGCUCAAAGCAACGAAACUAUAUUUAAAAUCUGUAUCUGUGCUUGAAUUGCAUCUCAUGUUACAAGUAAUCCACCAUUUUAGAAGCUUCUGAUAGAGUCCCUCAUUGCUUUCCCUCAGGGGCAACUAUUAGAUUGUUAACAAGUUAAUCAUCGGCUUAAGCUGUUAAUGAGAUAGAUAACUUUAUUAUUAGUCAGGCUCUUCUCUAUAAUCGAGCUAAAACAUGCAAAUUUGUUAAUCAUUUGGAAGGCUGUGAGAUAUGAACACA